GUAAAUUCGCCAAUAAGCGUGUGAAAACCUAGUUUCCUUCCUUCCCCUUUCCACCUUCCUCUUUUCCACACACAUACACACACAAAAGCAAGCACUAUAAAUAAAAUCCCUCCGCCACCAUCUCCGCCACCACCACCAGUUCCGCCACCCAUCAGAAAUUUUCUUACAGCAUAUGUCUCAAAGGCCAAACAUUCCCCACUUCUCCUCCAUAGCUUUCGGCCUCCAUUCCCAUCUCCUGGUUUCCAGUGAGAUGAACUCAGUUUCCAAUUGGUCUUCUUCUUCUUCCUUUUAAUUUUCGAUUUUUUAUUUUUUUAAUUAACAGCAUCCGGAAUUUUCGGAUCUCGAUUUUUGUUUGUUCAUUUUUUUCGAUCGGAGAAAAAAAAUAUGGGGGUGAAGGGAUUUGUUGAAGGAGGUAUUGCUUCAAUUGUCGCCGGUUGCAGCACCCACCCCCUCGAUUUGAUUAAGGUCAGGAUGCAGCUCCAGGGGGAGGCGGCGGCGGCGGCGCCGCCGCCGGCCCUCCGCCCUGCUCUCGCCUUCCAAACACCCUCCUCCUCCGUCGCUCAAAACGUCCGCCUCACUCCACCUCCACCCCGGGUGGGGCCUGUUGCCGUCGGACUCCGGAUCGUGCAGCAGGACGGUUUCGCCGGCCUCUUCUCCGGCGUCUCCGCCACCGUCCUCCGCCAGACGCUGUACUCCACCACGAGGAUGGGCCUGUACGACAUCCUGAAGACGAAGUGGUCCGAUCCGAACACGAACAACAUGCCGCUGACGAGGAAGAUCGUCGCCGGACUCAUCGCCGGCGGCAUCGGCGCCGCCGUGGGUAACCCCGCCGACGUGGCGAUGGUCCGGAUGCAGGCGGACGGGCGCCUCCCGGCGGCGCAGAGGCGCAACUACAAGAGCGUGGUGGAUGCCAUCUCCCAGAUGAGCAAGGGAGAGGGCGUCGCCAGCCUGUGGCGCGGCUCAUCCCUUACGGUGAACCGCGCCAUGGUGGUAACCGCCUCCCAGCUGGCGUCGUACGACCAGAUCAAGGAGACGAUACUCGACAAGGGGCUGAUGAAGGACGGGCUCGGGACGCACGUGACGGCCAGCUUCGCGGCCGGGUUCGUUGCGUCGGUGGCGUCGAACCCGGUCGACGUGAUCAAGACGCGGGUGAUGAACAUGAAGGUGGAGCCCGGGGUGGCGCCGCCGUACGCCGGCGCAAUCGACUGCGCGAUGAAGACGAUCAGGGCGGAGGGGCCGAUGGCGCUGUACAAGGGGUUCAUUCCGACCAUCUCUAGGCAAGGACCUUUCACCGUCGUGCUGUUUGUCACACUUGAACAGGUCCGAAAAUUGCUCAAGGAUUUUUGAAUGGUGAUGAUGAUGACGAUCAAGAUAUUUUCAAUAAUAAAUUAUUAUUAUUAUUAUUAUUAUUAUUAAUUAUAAAAUUAUAAAAUCGCUUUUGGACUUUAUUUUUAUUUAUUAUAUAUUAAAUAUUAAAUAUUAAUUAGAUGAUUAUUGAUGUAUAACAAUCUUAAUUAAUUGGUAUGAGUGUCAAAAAAUAUAAUUGUAAGAUUGAAAAUGAAGCAAUUCUUGCGAAUAAAAAUGUUAUUCGUUGCUUUUUUGCUGUGCAAAGUAGAUGCUAAACUUGCUUAA